ACCACCGCAGUACGAGAUGCUCUCAAGUGCUGACCAACUCAAGUGGCGAUCAUGCCACUUAGGCAACGGUCUGAAAACGAGUCUUGGAUGGGAACGGAACUACUCAAAGACGAAAGAGGAGGGACCAGAUCUCGAUCCCGGGUUACUAGACACAUUCAAUUGCUUUUCCCAAUAUAUAUUGAUCACUCGAAGGAAACUGUGUGUGUGUGUGUGUGUGUGUGUGUGUGUUUGCUUGCGCCCCUUUUCUGUACGUUGAUAGGGCUUCGGAAUUUAUGACUUUAUUCCCCCAACAGAUCUUUUGUUCGUGUCACCAGCAAUUUGCUGCCCUCAAUUACGAGUGUUCUUCUUUGUGAGCCUCGAAUCUAAUGAGUUACACCCAAGAUGAAGGGGUGGCGCAGCCUCACAUUUUGUUGUUUAUAUUUCCUCAAUUGUUGUCAAGGGAAACAAGCAAUAUCGAUCCGUAGAGGUUUCAGUUUUGAUUGUAAUCCCUUGGGUGAGAAUUUGGUACAUUGAAAAUGACUUACGCAUGGUCUUUUUCAUCUGAACUUUUUGAAAUUAUAAAAAUACCAUUAUUUGCUUAUAACUUAUAAAAUGCCUUGAUCUCUUGGGCUUUCAAAUUUGUUAUAUAUGGUUUUUAUGAUUAUGUCUUUUUAUGUAAAUCGAUAUUCACACGAUCUUAUGUUUUGGCAAAUACGCGAGAUGAAUAAUAUUAAGAAUAAUUGCAUUUAAUAGCCUGUAAUUACCUAUAUUUAAUAAGAUAUAUGUAUAUUUAAGUACCAUUCAAGAGUCUACAUCAUUAAUGUAGUUUAUAUGACAGAAUAAAAACUAUGACACAAGUAUUGCGUGUUAAUUGCUAUCGCCGAUUGGAUAAUUACAUUCUGAUUUAGAGAACAAACAAGAUAAAAACAUAUAUGGUUUAGAAAUAAAAUGAUACUUUCGCUAUAUAAGCCAGAAAGUAACUCAAUCGAAUCAAAUGUUAACCAAGAUGUUGCCACGUUCGUUGCUGCUGAUUAUAGGAGGACUUUGGUUAAUCGUUUUGUUAGUGGAUAACUGCAGUGGAAAAAGAAAGUGGGACUAUGAGCCGCUAUCGAUUGAAACCUACACUACGGAUGAAAGCAUGCUGAAGAUAGCCGCGAAGGUGGAUCGAGUCGGUAGGGGAGAAUUUGCCAUUUCGGCCAAUAUUGACUUCAAGUACGAACCCGGCGAUACAACUUUGGUUGAGGCUUUGGGUUAUCGAAGCAGCUCCGGAAACGAAAACGACUACAAACUGAUACCCUUCAGCAUCCCAAAGCAACCUUUCCUACAGUUCAUGAACAGUCACUACAAGGACGUGGUAAUUUCCAACCUAGGGGGUUGCUCUAAUCUCAUCCAGUUUGAGGGCGAUUUCGAGCCCCCUUGGCCCCAGCAGGAGUACGUAUUGGACAAGUGCGUGGCCAACAGCGAUGGAUUUCCGGAGGUAGUACCCGAAGGCUUCUACAAGGUCAACUUCACCUUCAUGAAUCCCGUGGAUUGGGGGUUCAUUGUCAUUGUGAAAAUCUCAACUAAAAUUAUGUGAUUUCCACAUACGACAUGAAUGUAACACAAAUAUAUCAUAUCAAAUGUUUAAUCCAGCA